GCGGGGCAGAGGGGGCGCUCCUCCCGCACCUUCCCCGUUGGUCUAUCCCACUCCGGGCCGGGCGGGCUGGGUUGAGUGAGCGGCUCGGACCAUUGCUCGCGGCGGGCGGGGGGGGCGCGGGCGAGGCGGAGGAGGAAGGAGCCGGCGAAGGAGGCGGGGGGGCGGUUUAAAGGGACAAGAGCCGUGCGGGCGCCGGCGGGGGAAGCCGGAGCGGCGGCGGGCGGGGACUCGCCCCCUUCCCCACACACGCCCGCUCGCACCGCGGCCGGGGUCGCCGCCGCCAGCGCCCCCAUCCCCUCCCUUCCCCUCCGCCCGCCGCUUCCACAGCGGCCUCUAUGAGGUAGAAGGGAGCGGCGGCCACUCCGGGGGCGGCAGCGGCCGCUACAGCCGCCGCCUCCUCCUCCUUCUCCUCGCCUCAGAGCGCCCCAUCUUUGUGUGUGCGGGAGAAGGGCGGGAGGGAGUGCGCGCUGCCCGCCCGCCGCGCUUUGUUCGGAGCCGGGGGGCCGUGGCGGAGCCCCGGCUCUAUGUGCCAGCGGCUCCCCGGCGGCGGCGGCGUGAGGGGCCGGAGCCCCUGAGGGCGGGGGGGCCCCGGCCCGUGUCGGUGCUGCGGGGCGGGGGAAGGGGCCGGCUCGCUGCCCGCCGGCCCGGCCCGUGUGCGGGCGGAUUGAUGUGGGGGGGUCUGACAUGAGUCCGCCGGCGGCCGGGUGCUGCCAUGUGACCGGCUUCAAGGUGGAGAACUGGAAGCAGAACCUGCGGGCGAUUUACCAGUGCUUCGUGUGGAGCGGCUCGGCCGAGACCAGGAAGCGCAAGGCAAAGUCGUGCAUUUGUCAUAUGUGUGGUGCCCACCUGAACAGACUCCACUCUUGCCUCUACUGUGUCUUCUUUGGCUGUUUUACAAAGAAACAUAUUCACGAGCACGCGAAGACAAAGCGACACAAUUUAGCCAUAGACCUUUUGUAUGGGGGUAUAUACUGCUUUAUGUGUCAAGAUUACAUAUACGACAAAGACAUGGAACAAAUUGCCAAAGAAGAACAACGAAAAGCUUGGAAAUUACAAGCCUUCACCCCAACAGUGGUUUCUCACUACCAGUGUACAAUGACAGGCAUUGGAGAGAAGUAUUCAACAUGGGAGCCGACCAAGAGAGAGUUAGAAUUGCUACGACACAACCCCAAGCGAAGAAAAAUAACCACAAACUGCACCAUAGGUCUACGAGGGCUAAUCAAUCUUGGGAACACAUGUUUUAUGAACUGUAUUGUCCAGGCACUUACCCACACUCCACUGCUGCGAGAUUUCUUCCUCUCCGACAGGCACAAAUGUGAAAUGCAAAGCCCCAGCUCAUGUCUGGUCUGUGAAAUGUCUACGCUCUUUCAGGAGUUUUACUCUGGGCACCGAUCUCCUCACAUUCCAUAUAGGUUAUUGCACCUGGUAUGGACUCACGCACGGCAUUUAGCAGGGUACGAGCAACAAGAUGCACACGAGUUCCUCAUUGCUGCAUUAGAUGUGCUACACAGACACUGCAAAGGUGAUGAUAAUGGGAAGAAGGCCAACAACCCCAACCACUGUAACUGCAUCAUAGACCAAAUCUUCACAGGCGGACUGCAGUCGGAUGUUACCUGUCAAGUCUGCCAUGGCGUUUCCACGACGAUAGACCCGUUCUGGGACAUCAGUUUGGAUCUGCCAGGCUCCUCCACCCCCUUCUGGCCGCUGAGUCCGGGCAGCGAUGGCAGCGUGGUCAACGGGGAAAGCCACGUGUCGGGCACCACCACCCUCACAGACUGCUUGAGAAGGUUUACAAGGCCAGAACAUCUAGGAAGCAGUGCCAAAAUCAAAUGUAGUGGUUGCCAUAGCUACCAAGAAUCUACCAAACAACUCACUAUGAAGAAGUUACCCAUUGUGGCCUGUUUUCAUCUCAAACGGUUUGAACACUCAGCCAAACUGAGGCGGAAGAUCACUACGUAUGUCUCGUUUCCCCUGGAGCUGGACAUGACACCUUUCAUGGCUUCCAGUAAAGAGAGCAGAAUGAACGGGCAGUACCAGCAGCCGACGGAUAGUCUAAACAAUGAUAAUAAGUAUUCCUUGUUUGCAGUAGUUAAUCACCAGGGAACCUUGGAGAGUGGGCACUAUACCAGCUUCAUCAGGCAGCACAAGGACCAGUGGUUCAAGUGUGAUGAUGCCAUUAUCACCAAGGCAAGCAUUAAGGAUGUGCUAGACAGUGAAGGAUAUUUGCUGUUCUAUCACAAACAGUUCCUGGAGUAUGAAUAGCCUUAUCCAGCAGCUUGUCAGAUGUAAACAAGGAAGAAACAACGCAAGCCUUCUGAAUCGACACACAAACCUACCUGAAAUGAAAAGACCCAUUACAAACCAACUCGCACUGAGCUGUAACAGGACCUACUUGACACUGACUCACAGCCUGCAGAGUGAGAAAUGAACAAUGUCCAACGUGUGUGCAGUCCCACGAGGACAGAAAGGGGGAAAAGAGGCUGCAGUCAGUCACUUAACAGAGGAAAUAUAAAAUGAAAGGAAUGCUCUGGGUGGGGGAAAUGGGAGCAGAGGAGUCCGGGCACUGGUACAUCUCCUGUGUUCCUCCAAAAAUGUGUGUGGGAAGGCAAAGGAUUCUACCCUCAUCUCCAUAAAGCAUCUUCUCCAUUUGGUGCUUCAGCUCCAACGACCAAUCAUAUAACAGUUAAAAUUAAAAAUCCAAACCCAUUUUUUUAUGCAUAUGGGUCUGAAAGCAGUAGAGUGGAGGAGGAGGGGAUGAGACAACUAAAGGACUUUGCAAGUAUCUUUUUAUUUGUGAAUUUUAGUUAUUAAAUAAAUACAGUAUGAAACUAUUAGGCUCUUUUUUUUCCAACAACCAUAAAAGAAAUCCUGGAUUGUGGAACUGAAGCUGCAGUACUCAGACAGGUUUUCAAGCAUGCCUGCUUGCACAGGUAAUGUUCAAUGCCAUCGGACUGCUCAUCCAAAAGCAUCAGCACAGAUUCUGUUGUUUGAGCCCUUUUUUGUUUUGUUUUCUAUAAAUAGCUAUUUUCUUAAUUUUUUUCCUUUUAUUCCCUUUUUUCACGAGAAUGAAAUUCAUAAAUGCAACCAUCAGUAAAAAUGAAUGAAUUGGUGUGUUUAUACUG